UUAGAGAUGCGUUCAAAUUUGAACUUCAAAAUAAGGGUUUCGUACUUUAAAAUCAAUUUGAUCUCAUAGUAAAGGCUAUUUUUAUUACCAAAAAUGUUAGAAAAUACUGUCGAUUUAGCUGGUUAUGAUCUAGUAUGGCGAAAUAAACCUGAAUUACCAGCUGCAAAUGAAGAAAAUAGAAAAUUAGAAGAAACACUUAGGCAAAAAAAGAUUGAAGUAGAAAGAUUGAAAAUUGUUUUAGAGAAUAAUAUCAAUAAGGGGAAAUAUAUAAAAGAACAUGUCAAUGAUUUAUCCCAAACUCUUAAUUACAAGCAGCAACUUUACAAAUCAAGAGAACAUGAACUGGAAAUGGAAAUACAUACUGAAAAGGUUUUGGAACGAGAAUGUUGUCGUUUAGAACAAGAAUUAAAAGUUGUCAAUCGAGAAAUCAACUCUUUGAAGACAAGACAAAAACAAAGAGAGAUUGCUAUUGCUGAACAAAAUGAGAAGAAAGAGAAACUGAGAGCAGCAAUGCAAUGGGAUCUAGAAGCCUUAUUGCAGUACUUAGAAAAAUCUUCCCAGGCGGAAAAAGAUAAUAUGGCCUUAUUGAAAUAUACCAGUGAAGAUGAUAGCAAACUGAAUGAAAUUGAAAUACAUAUUGAAAGAUUAAGUAAAGAGGCUUAUGAAAGAAAGAGUGCUCUUGAAGAUGCAAAUACAGAAGUUCUCAUUGUACAGACAGAAUUGGAUCACAUACAAGAAGAAUUCCAUAAUGCAUACGUUGAAAGGAACAUCUUGAUCAGUAAUUGGGAAAAAGUUAUUCACCAAAUUCAACAUCGAAAUAAAGAAGUGAACAAGUUGUCCGAGUACAUUAUGGAGCUUAGAAAAGAGGAAGCAACUUUAAAACAGUCAUUAAAGGAACAAAAUGAUUUGUUAUCUACGGAAAUAUCGCACAACAAUGAACUAGAGCGUAAAAUAAAAGAAAAAGAUCGUAUCGCCACUGAGUUAAGGAACGAAAUAAAAGUUGCUUCUGAAAAAGAAACGGAUCUUAAAGCUCAGCUAUCCACCGUGAGGAAUGUUUUGAACAAUGUUCUGUAUCUGAAACAAGUUGCAAUAAAUGAACUAAAGCAGCUUGAAAAACAAUUGUAUCAGAAAAAUGAAAGACUUGAAGGCGUCAGAAAAAGCAAUCAAGAUCUUGAGGAAAAGAUCGAGUGUUUGUCGAAAGAGACAUUUGAAGCGGAUCACUACACGAAGGAGCUGGAAGCUAUCCUCCACAAUGAAAACGAUCGAAACUUGAAAAUACAGAAAGAAGUUGACAGCAUUUCCAAAGACAUUUUGACUUAUGAUCAUGAAAUGAAUGAAUUAAAGCAGAAAGAAAAGAUAAUGGAAACUCAGAACAAGAACUGUCAAGCUGAAAUACGAAACCUAAAUGCAAAAACCAUUGCUCUCGACCAACUAAGAGCAAAGCAAGAGAGUGAUAUGUAUGAGAUCGAAUCUGGAUUAGAAAAACUGAGACGCAGAGUGAAAAAAAUGGCGGGGAUAACAAAUGAAGAAGAACAACGUCGAAUCGAAAAAGAACGUUCUGCUCUUGUUUCUGUUCUAGAAGAAAAGAAGAGCUCUCUAAACAUGUUAACUGAGGAACUUAAACUGAUGAAGGAAAAAAUCAGUGUGUCUAAAGGGCAAUUAGAAGCAAACAAAAAACUUAAUUCUGACCUCAAUGAAAAGCUGAAAUUCCUCAGUUUUUAUGUUGCUAAUUCAGAAAAAUCUCUAAAAUGCUGCAUUUCCAGGAAACAGGAAUUGCUUGUCCAAGAAUGCCUAGAAAGAUUCCAAAUGAAGAAGUUCCAAAAACUGUUGAAUAAUAAAAAUAAAUCUGUUGCUUCCCUUCAGAAGAGUAAACUGGAAUUUGAAAUGAUGAUGAAAGAAAGGACAGAAGAAUUGAAACAUUGCAACGAAUUAUUAGAAGCUGAGAUGAGAACAGAAACCGAUGAAUGCGGGGUCGUGAAGAAAAGAUUGCUGGAAAGCGAUGAUAAAGUGAUGAAGCUUCAAACCAAGUAUAAAAUCGUCUUGGAUGCACUGGGUAUCUCUGAGCCUGGUGAAAGCAUUGAAGCCGAAUUACUUAUAAAGGCUGAUAAUGAAAAGAGAGAUUUGGAACAAGAGCGAGAUAAAUUGAUGUCCGUAGUUCUGAAAAAUGAAGAAGAGCUUUCUGCUUUGAGGAACACUGUGUGGUUGAUCAAUGCAGCAAAUGAACAAUUCCGUCAGGUUCUACACCCUCCUGGCAUCAAUCCUGAAGAUGGUGAAUUGUUAAAAAACGUCGAAAACGAAGGCCAAGCAAUAGCUAUUCAGCUACGUGCUCAGCAUAAAGAAGUGAAAACUUUAGAAGAGAGCGUGAAAAACAAAACUGAGAAAUUGGAGAAGGAACAGAAUUUCAUUGGGGAAUUACGAGAAGCCUUGCGAGACAGACAAACUGAAAGUGAAUCAUUAUCCAGGGACUUGUCUGAUUUGCACAUAAAAAUCCAGAGAGCUGCCGGAAAUAAUUCUCGACUGAGCUUAGAUGUCAGAAAUAAGUCAGCUUAUCCCAGAAUUGAAGAAGAUAUAAGAAUACAUCUUUUGCGAGAAGUACGAAGGAUUGUUUCCGAUAUAAUAUCUGAUACUGUAAAAUCUAUGCCAGAAACAUCUGCCAGGAUAAAAGAGCUAUAUCAAGAGGCCCACCUUCCUCUUCCAGCAAGAUUUCGGUCUUCUUUAUCUUCGCAAACUAGUUCUUUGCUGAGUUUUGGUUCAAGACUGUCUUCAGGUCGGACAAAUUCUGUGUCCAGUGGGCGGAGUUCGCGAUCCGAAACUUACACACCGUCAGUGGUUACUCUAGGAUUAUAAAGGCUCAAUGCUGUUGAUGAACUUGAAUGGCAAGGGUCUAUAAUGUAUGGAUUUAAAUUAUUUUAUAUAAUCUUUGUACAAAACAUAUCAUUUAAGUGAAAAAUAUGUCUAAUUUAAUUUUGAAUUCACAAAUAACAAAUUAUUUUAUAAUUUGUUAUUGUGAAUUUAUAACAUGAAUUAUAAUUCAUUUCAAAUAUGAUGCUAUAUUAAUGAAUUUAUAUUACAAAA